AUGCUAAACCAACUGAACUCCUCCGAAUGGUGCGAUUUACGCGCACGCAUUGAACAGCGGACCUUCCAGAAAGACAUCCUAGGCGAGUCCCUGCCCGAGAUCGCCCUCCAGAUUGUGCAGCAUCUGAGCGUUUCCGAUCUUCACGUGCUCAGGAGAGUCUCGAGACGAUGGCACGCUCUCCUGUCAUCUGCUUCUACCAAGCGCACCGUAUAUCGCCAAUGGACCAACAACUCCAGUACGCACCUCACCACGGCCGAGAUCACGUGGUACGCUCAACGGAGGCUCUACUUGGAGCGCGGCCAACCCGUCGCUGCCGCCGCCGCACAGAGGGCCGUAAAAGUGAUCGAUGGCCAACCAACCCCCCAGAGCGCCCCCACGCCCAACACCUUCGCUUACGCCCACGGGAGGUUUGCAUGGCUCAGGAACCCCGACCUCGUCGUCGUUCACAGUAUUCGCAACUCUACAAGGCAGCAGUUUUGCACCGAAAACCGUGAUCGCUUUCGAUUGGUGGGGAUCUCGAACUCCGUGGUUGUAGCGAUCAGCACUCGCGCGUAUUGUCAUGUUUGGGAUCUGGAUACCGAAGAGCACGCCUGGUUCCGUAUCCCAUCCCUCAACGUGACCGGCUUUGCGGUACGCGACAACACAGUCGCUGUAGCCUACAACAGUUAUACGGUCACGGAGUCUGGGGACAAAAUCGAUACAGAAUCCGUGACCUACUGGGACAUGUGGUCGCGUACCGCUCACACCAUUGAGAAUGUUCCCCAAGUGGCAGUACUAGACUUGCUGCCCGCCACCAAGACCCUUGUCGUUGUCCAUAUCGAACUCCAGGAGACGUACCGAGUGUGCAUAAGAAAAUAUUCCAUGGAUGGCGAAGGACAUGCGCACACCCAGCGCGCUUUUGCAAUAUCCGCCGUUCAUCGGGACUGGUCGCUCGAGUUGCUGAGCCGGUCAUGGGACAAUAAUCAUUACCGAUUCGCGGUGUUCUUCGUGCAGUCACCAUUGAACGGGGCCGCCACGCGUUCAUUUCAGUGGGUUAUAGCUACCUACGACCCUCAAAUGAAUGAAAUCAGUCUGCACGAAUUCACCUGGGAUGAUAGGCCCUAUCAUUUUUUGAAUGCGGCGGCUGUGGACCACAAUCUCCUGUACUACCUCAGGGAGGACGGUGGCAGACCAGCUCUAUGGGUAUCUAACACAUCAGCCCAACCGCCCCAUCGAGCGGCGAGAGGGAUGGAUCCGAGCUGUCACGAUGCGGACGCCUUUCUCCUUGGGGAUCGGGAGUUUGUCCUCCAGGUCCACCAGACCGAGACAAGAGCCUGGCCUGUAGAAGAUGAUACUCUGGCCCACGCUGAGUUUACGGAUGAUUCUUAA